CAAUUGGCGGGGUUUCUCCUCUGAUCUCUGGGAUGGCACAGAGGUAGUGGAAAUCUAACCCGGCUGCGGCUAAGCCAAGCGCACGGCCCAGGGGCCAGCAGUAGGGACGGCAGACGUGGACCCAAAGUCUCAGUUUCAGGGUGGCCACAGAGCUCCCCAGGAUGGAGUUCGAGAACAGAGAGGAGCAGGUUUUGCACGAACACCUUUUCAGGCAUUUCAAAGAAAACAAGGUGGAGAUUGCGAGUGCAAUAACCAAGCUGUUUCCUUUCCUCAUGAGCCUCCGAGACCGCGCCUUCAUCUCCGAGCAGAUGUUUGACCAUCUUCAAGAAGCUUGUAGAAACCUGGUCCCCGUGAACGCAGUGGUAUAUACCGUCCUCAGUGAGCUGGAGAAGACCUUCAGCCUGUCGCUUCUGAAUGAACUGUUCAGCAACACCAAUCUGACGGCCUACCCAGACUUAGUGGAGAUUUCCAGAAGCUUCCUAAAUGUUUUCCGUGAGUGCCAGGCUCUCUGGAGUUGGAGUGGAGGCGAGGCUGAAACCACAGACAGACAGCAUCCAGGUGCCCGGGCAGUGCCCCAGAAAUCUUCUCUACAAAUGGAUGAAGGAAGAGAAUCAGAAGACAUGCCCAGGUUAUUACCUUAUGAUAGAGAAGAGCCCUGCGAUCCCCAAACUCCCCAGGAGACUCGCGGAGGAGGAGGAGGAGAACCACAGGAGGCUUUUCCUCCGCAAGCAGAGGGAGGCAACGCCUGUGUGGAUAUGCAUGGGGAAGAAGAACCACAGGAAGCCCCCUGCUCCUCCCCAGGACAUGCACCAGAGGGCAGCAACGCCUGUGUAGAUAUGCAUGGGGAAGAAGAACCACAGGAAGCCCCCUGCUCCUCCCCAGUACAUGUACCAGAGGGAAGCAAUGCCUGUGUGGAUAUAUGUGGGGAAGAGGAACCACAGGAAGCCCCCUGCUCCUCCCCAGGACAUGCACCAGAAGGUAACAGUUGCUGUUUCCAAAUGUCUGAUGAAGAAGAGGCCCAGGAAGGCUUGGGCUCACCCCCCGCGGGUGAGCCAGUAUCUGGUGAAUUAGAAGAUCGCCAAACGAAUAAAGAAGGAGAGUCAGAAGAGCUUACUUCCAACCUGCUCUGCUCUGAUGGACAAGACACAGAGCAACCAGCACAGGGAAAUAAGAAGUGUACCUGUGUCAUGUGUUUCUCAAGAGAUGUGCCAGGAGGCUCAGGAACAGGGGCGGACAGCAGCCAAGCGCAGGAUGCCACGGACACUGUGAAUAUUGGAAACCAAGCUACUUUAGGAAAACCCAAGAGCAAAAGAAGAAAAAAGAAAGGACAUAACUGGUCAAGAAUAAGAAGGAAAAGGCCACAAAACAUACUUCAAAAAGGCAACAGCACAGCUAAUGACCACAAGGCCUCCAGCAAAGAGGCAGUGACAAUGAAUCUGCCAGGCCCUGCCAGGAUCAGGGGUAGGACGAAAGUGGUAGCACCUUACCUCCGCAUUGCAGAGAGAAAGAGAGGCAGAUCUAGAAUCCACCUAACUCAGAAAGCUAGAGGCGCAUGGCAAAGAUCAAGAGGUUCAAGAAAGGUCAGAAAUGAACCUGUGGAUUUUUGUGCUCCAUUACUUCCUGUGAGCUGUGGUGAGAUGAAAGGAAUUUUAUAUAAGGAGAAAUUGAAAAAAGGAAUCUCCAUAAAGUGUAUACAGAGUGAGACUGGAGACUGGCUCACGCCCCGUGAAUUUGAAAUCAAAGGAGGCUACGCAAGAUCGAAGUACUGGAAACAGAGUGUGUACUGUGGCGGGCGGCCCCUGCUAUGGCUGCUGCAGGAAGGAUUUCUACCUCAUCCUCCAAGAAUAUAUCACAGGAAAAAAAAGACAACACCACAGACUCACAACAAUGUUGCCCCAGAUACAGCACCACAGACUCACAACAAUGUUGAACCUGAUAUGGGAAACUCGGAAGUGUGUGAGGUGUGUCGGCGUAGGGGACUGCUGUUCUGCUGUGACACUUGCUCCAGAGCCUUCCAUAGGGACUGUCACAUUCCACCAGCAAAGAUUGAGGAGAUCCCGUGGAGUUGCAUUUUCUGCAGGAUGGGCUCCUUAGACAGUCAAGAGAGUCAUCAGGAGUCUGAGAUCCUAGAGAGGCAGAUGCAGCCCGAGGAACAGUUGAAAUGUGAGUUCCUCCUCUUGAAGGUCUAUUGCUGUUCUGAGAGCUCCAUUUUUGCCAAGAAUCCACGCUAUUAUCGUAUGAGGGAGACUUGUCAAAGUCUGAAGGAACCUAUGUGGUUAGACAAAAUCAAGAAAAGGCUGAAUAAACAGGGUUACUCCCAAGUGAAGGGGUUUGUGCAGGACAUACGCCUCAUCUUUCAGAACCACAGGGCCUCAUACAAGUACCGUGAGUGUGGCCAAAUGGGAAUUAGACUGGAGACUGAAUUCGAGAAGAAUUUGAAGGGACUGUUCACUAUUCAGGAAACAAAUGAAAAUAGUUGACUGGUGCAGUAACUGCUCUUGGUGUUCUGGUGCAAUUUAUUUUUCUGGCAAGAUCCCCCACCCUCUGCUGCAGUGAACACCGUUUACUAAGUCUAGCAUCCCUGUACCAAAGAAAGCCAGCUUCAGCCGGGGUGGCACCUCCCAGCCUGAGAGCUGGUUCCCUUGCCUUAAGGUAGAACCAGGGAUACCGUGGCUACUGAUCCCACGGAACCAGGCUGAAACUAGUUUCCAGCUGACCUCACCUUUCUCGCUUUGUUAUGUUGCUUCCCUUGCUCCUCUUCUCCUUCACAAUAAACCAAUACCUUAAGAUGCUUCAUCUCAGA